UGGGGGACAGAACUACGCUUCCCACCGAGCAAUGAGAACAGUGGAAGGGGGUUAAAGACAAGGAAAGAAAACUAAAGAAAAAUCAAUACCUGCUGGCACAGGUGAGAAAAAACAGGCAAUUGGGGUUAAGUGACUUGCCCCGGGGUCACACAGCUACCUGGUGUUGCCCUUGGCUGCUAGAUAUCUCUGCUUGCAAAUCGAGUGUUUGCUGGCUGGGAUGAUUUCUAGAUUCUUUUGAUGUCUUCAUUAUGCCCUAAGAACCAUGCAGUUUUCCAGUUUCGUCCGGGCACCAGAUGAGACUUUUGACUAUUUGUUCAAGAUCAUCCUCAUUGGAGACUCGAAUGUGGGAAAGACUUGCGUGGUGCAACACUUUAAAUCUGGAUUCUAUACAGACACACAACAGAAUACAAUUGGUGUGGACUUCACUGUGCGCUCUCUUGAGAUAGAUGGGAAAAAAGUGAAGAUGCAGGUAUGGGACACUGCUGGUCAGGAGCGAUUCCGGACAAUAGCCCAGAGCUACUAUAGAAGUGCGAAUGCUGCCAUCAUUGCCUAUGACCUGACAAGGCGAUCCACAUUUGAAUCUGUUCCUCACUGGAUCCAUGAAGUAGAAAAAUACGGGGCAGCAAAUUUGGUCACAAUGCUUAUUGGGAACAAGGCUGACCUAUGGGAUAAACGUCAUGUUCUUUUUGAAGAUGCUUGCACUCUGGCAGAGAAACAUGGCCUUCUCGCAGUUCUGGAGACUUCAGCUAAAGAGUCCAAGAACAUUGAGGAAGUGUUCAUACUAAUGGCAAGGGAGCUGAUUGCCAGGAAUGACCUCAACUUUUAUGGGGAGGGUCUACAGAACAAUUUCCUCUUGGAUUCUAGUCCAAUUCUCAUAACUUCAAGUCCAAGUUCAAAGAACCACUGCAAUUGUUAAAAGGGGGAGAAACAAAAGGGGAGGUAGCGUGUGCUGUUAGAGAGGCAAUCUUUGAAACCCAAAUUAGUCAGAAAUCUGGUUAUCCAGUAUGUUAGGUUUUAGAACUUGGAGUGGAUAUUCUGUUAUUCUCUUUCGAUUACCCAAGGCUUCCUUCCAGCAUGCAUGGUCACUACUUUUGUCCUACUGUAUCAACAAAGAGAAACCUCUUGAGGCCAUCUCCAGUGACUGAAGGAAGUUCGAUUUCAUACAAGUAUUUAUUUCGAGUUUUCUAAGUUCCAGGCAUGGUGCUAGGUGCUGGGAAUACUAAGACAAAACUGAAAUGGGUUCUGCCUUCAAGAAGUUCACAUUCUACCAAGAAAGGCUUCCUUUUAAAGUCAGUAGUUAAGAGGGGCUUUGAAGGAAAUUAAGGAGUCAAAGGGGCAGAAGCCCUUUUUUCCUUACUGUUACUAUUAAAAUGAAGUUUAGUAUUGGGGGUAGGAAGGAUGGAUAAUAGUUCCCCUUCAUUAGCCCUGGCCAAACCCUGGAUCUGGCUUUUGGCCACAGUGUUUUCGUUCAGUGUUGAAGAAAAGGAAGGGCCUACAAAAGUUGGGAGGAAAGUAGAACAGAAUAUCAAGAAAAAGGAAAGGAUAGAAAGCAUAUUCUAGAGUGGCUUGUAUCCACUCACAAGUUGGGUUUGGAUUUUUGUUUUUGUUUUUUUAAUUUUUUUUGGAGGAGAGUGGGGAAUUUAAGUAUAGUGAAAUUGAAGAUAUAAAAUAGCACAACCUUGCUUCACAUUUGUUCUCCUCAUACUCAUCUAAUUCAAGAAACGAUAAAACCAUGAGUACCUGGCCCCUGGAAUUGAAGCUCUUCUUAGCAUAUUUAAUUUGUUUCAUUUCAUUGGGCUUUUUUCUGUUUAUAUCAUUGUAGUCAUUGUUUUCCUGAUCUUGCUUACUUCAGUCUUCUUCAUUUUAUAGGUUUUCUCAUAAUUUUUCAUAGUCCUCUUAUGGACCAGUAAUAUUCACUACAUUGAUGUACCACAACUUGAUUAGUUGUGCUCCAAUCAGUGGACACCUGCCAUAUUUCCAGUUUUUUUUUGCUCCCAGAAAAAAGUCCUACUGUAAAUAUUUUUGUACAUCUAUGACUUUUCUUUCUGCCUUUGAGCUCUUUGGGACUGGUAUAUUCCCAGCAUUGAGAUCUUUGGGUCAAAGAGUAUAAACAUUAAACACACACACACACACACACACACAAAAAAAAAUUCUGUAG